CCUGCCCCGGCCUUUCUGCUGCGUGCGCCACGGCGGCCCGGCUCCCUCGUGCCCAGAGAGAGGCCAUGGAGGCGCCGCGCGUCGGCGGGCAGGAGCCAGAAGCCGGCGCCGCUGGGACAGCAGGAUCGGGCCCGGCCGCCCCCGCCGAGGAGGAGAUCGAUCUGUCCCUGGAUGACAUCAUCAAGCGUAACAAGAAAGGACAGACAAACCCGAAGAGGAACAGAUGGAGGCAGCAGCUCAAGAACAGGAAUCCAGCCUAUGGCAAUGGGAGACCUAGAUUCCGGAGCUGGGUGCCACGAAAUCUGCAAGGACCCAACAGGUUUAGAGGAGGGUUUAGGAAGCCGCAGUAUUACAAGAAGCCUUUUUGGAAUGGAGUGAGCCGCCCUGGGCAGAGAGCAGCCAUCGGGCCAAACGGCAUCAGCCCACUAAACCGGCCAGCCUCAGCACAGCAGGGCAAGCAGGACGAAUCCACCCUGAUCAGGAACAGCAGGAAUGGACCGGCAGCUGACGCUCAGCAGGGACUGCUCACAAGGGUCCAGCAGUUUAGGACAGCAGGAACUUUGCCACCAGCCCAAAGUAAGAGGCCUUUCCAACUAAACCGAAGACCACCUUUCUUCCAGAGGCAAUCCAGAUUCAACUUUAGCAGACAGGGAAUCAAGUUAAAUGCAGAGGGGAAACCAUCAAGGAUGAGAAGGUGGCAGCCACAGCCUAGUUCUGGAGCAGUCCUGACUGUUUCUGUAUCUAAUCCCCAAGCAAGUCAAAUGAACAUGCCCGGAGCCAAGCGCCCCUUCCUGAGAAGGAGAAACGCCCCCCCAAAGAUGACCCGGCGCCAGCCCAGAGGAGUGCCGCUGAGGUUCAAUUUCCGGGCCAUGGCUAACCAGACCAGCUUGACGUUGAACGAGCGGUUCUCCGGGCUGAGGAACAAACGUCAAUAUACAGCACUACGAAACACAGGCCGGAUGGUCACUCUGCCGUAACACUGCCCGCUUGAUGGAAUCAGGCCAACUCCGAAAAGGAGCUAGUCCUGAGCCUGACUGAUUUUCUGGCACUACCCGUUAGGUGUCUUGGCACCACCUAGGCAAAGAGUCACCGAGCCACCGGGCCUAGCACCAAAGAGACUUCCAUGUGUCCACAAUUUGGGCACAAAUGUGGCUGUGGUCUGACUAUUCCACCGGGGACUUCCUGGUAAUGUGACCUACAGCAAGGCCACGUGGUUUUGAUCUAUGGAGCUUGAUCUAUGGCACGCCAGUUCUGUCCCUAGUCUUAUUACGAUGCUAUCUGGGAGACACCCCCACCCCACCCCAGAUGCUGUCAUAGGAGAACUCUUCAUCCUGAGACACAUGCCGUAGCAUGAGCAUCAACUUGUCCCAGGUGCCCUUGGAUGCCGUGCCUCUCAGUGAGAAGGCCUCACAGCAUUGGUGGGUAGGAGGGAGAGGGCAUUGCUGCCGAAUGCCACGGUGGGUCUACUGAGUUUGGGAUUCCCUCUCCACCACCUUUUUUUUUUUUGGCCUGGAAAGCACUUUUACGGAUUGGUUUUGAGGAUUUGAUUGUGGCAAGCUGUAGCACACUGAAUAAAAGCACUUUUAGAAGCGGAAA